CCAAUUAAUUCACCACGUGAGCCGGCUGUACUGCAAUUUUUCAUCUCCAUUUUUCUGUACCUGUAUUCUGUCCAUUCUUGAUUCAAUUCGGCAAGUCGACCACUGUUGUAAGGGUUCGUUCGAAAGUUGUUGCGCUAGCUUAUCAAAUCCACUCUAAAAAAAAUACAUUCGAAGAUGUUCGUGUCAACAGUAUCUCGCAUUGCCCCAAUUGCCAGGAGCGCCAUGCUCGCUGGAUCCAGGGCUUACUUGCGACCAAUCAGCAGCGCAGUUAUCAGCCAAAGCCAAACCUUGGCUGCCCAGAACACAACCCCAGUCUCGUUACUGCCACAAGUCAGGUCAUUCCAGACCACUCCAGUCACCCGUGACAUUGAUUCGGCUGCCAAAUUCAUUGGUGCUGGUGCUGCAACCGUUGGAGUAGCUGGUUCCGGUGCUGGUAUCGGAACAGUAUUCGGUUCCCUCAUUAUCGGUUAUGCCAGGAAUCCAUCCCUCAAGCAACAGUUGUUCUCAUACGCUAUCUUGGGUUUCGCCCUUUCCGAAGCUAUGGGUCUUUUCUGUCUUAUGAUGGCCUUCUUGCUGCUCUUCGCUUUCUAAAGUGUUUAUCGGCAGAUAUUCAUCACUACACAACCACCAACCUUAUAUUGUUUUUAAAAAACAUCCAAAACAAAACAUUUAUUGCAACAACAUCAAUCUAUCAAUCUUAAGUUCUAAAAUCAAAUAAAACUAGAGGUGAAAAAUUGUUAACAAAAUCAUCUCAUUGCAAUUUAUUUUAAAAACACAAAUUAUUCAAAACAAAAACAUCCAUGAAUAAUUUUGAGAUGAAUUACAGUUCUUAAUCGAAAAAGUACAGAUUAAUAAGUAUAAAUAAAAAAGGAAAAAACCGAAAAAAACCUAAAAAAAAUAAAUUUUAUUUAAUUUUCUUUUUAUUUUGUUCGUUAGUAAUUUUUUUAAAAAAGAAAAAAGCGCAUUAAAUGUUCAAGUGACUCGCUCUUAAAAAAA